UUCUAGGUGUGGAUAUGGUCAAAGCCAAGUUCAUCAAUAGGAAAUUCCUAAUGGAGGAACUUUACCAGCACUUUCUAGAUGGAGAUGACAGCCCUGUGGCUCAAGACGACCCUUUCUGGGAUCCUGUUGAGGUCAUCCACUUGGUCUCAGCUCACAUCUGGCUCCAGUCGCUGGCCUACUGCAUGAAACUGGAGGAGCAGGCAGAGUUUCUGAACUGUGACGGGCUGGAGGAGGCCGUGCUGCAUAUCUGCAAUAGCACCUUGCUCCCUGACAGGACACAGCCAAACUGGCCUGGAAUGCCCAACCACAUCCAAGACAGCCCGGCACUGCCCGGGGGCAUUGAAGGAAUGAGGGAGACACCUAGCAAAGAGGCAGGUGUAGUGGAAGGAGCCUUGGACAAAACCAAAAGAGCUGGGUGGGUUCCAAACAAUGGACCCUCAGGAGAGAGGCCAAGCGGGCUGCGGGGCCUCCCCAGCCACACUCCCUCCUGGCCCGUGAGCCUGGCAUCUGCCACGCAGCAUGCUUCCCAUGCCAAAGGCCCCACCUCCUUCAGGAGCCAGAAGUAGCAGCUGAUUUUCCAGCUCUCCCCUUUUCUCGAGGUAGGGAUUGCGAUGCCUGACCUUUCUGUGAGCAGGGGCUUUGUUUUGACCUAUCAGCUCCGUCCCAAACAUUGCCCAUUAUCCUUUACUGUCCUCUCUGAAUACUCACCUGUUUUUCUUCUUUAGACCACAGUUUUUACAAAAGCUCAAGUCUUUUAGCAAUCCUAAGUCAAGCGGCUGGCAGGGAGCCUGGUCUGGGUGCCACGGCCCUCACAGGCACGGCAGGCACUCGGUGCAACCUUGUCAUCUUCCUGAAGAAGAAAUCAGCUCAAGAAGAGAACCUCAAGGUUCCAUGACCAAGAAACCAAGCUGACCAACAACUCACUGUCUUUACUCCAAGCAUCUCUCUGGUCAUUUGGCUACCUGGAGCUUCCAGGCUGCCUGGCAAGUUGUAUUUCCUGUUGAAAUUAAUAAAGGAGCAGUCUGGUUUAUAGGUUUCAUACUUCGAGAGCCUGGUUGAUAUGACAGUGGUACCUUGUUGGAAAGCUGCCUGUCAGUUUCUGAGCUGAUAGGCCUCGGGUUGUCUCUGGACUACAAAGAAACCAAGGAAAAGGAAGAAGACAACCUGAGAGUCUGCAUCUGGGCAGUCAACUGCCUUCCCCGCUCUGUCCCACUGGGACCUAAAUCUUCAGUGCGAGUCUGGCAUCCACAUCUGUGUGCAUCUGUCACAGGAGGCUGUUUAUUUUCCUCUUUCCUCCAGGCAGGGAAAUCCUUGAGAAGGUCCUGAUCUUAAACCUCGACGUGCCAGGGUAAUGGGCUCUUGUCUAGUGUCUUUGAACUCCACUGUUGGCGAUACUACCUGUCCUGUCUUCAGCAAAAUUAGCUUUCUUCAGGAGUCUAUUUAAUUCCCUUAUCAUCACAAUCUGAACCUGCCAAUCUGA